AUGUCGAUUACUAUCCAUAUCAAGUCUGGUCAGAACAAAUGGGACGUCUCCAUCGAUCCCUCGCAAACGAUCUUGAAUUUGAAAGAGGAGAUUGCCAAAGUUUCUGAGAUCCCUUCAGGUAAUCAGAGGCUGAUUUACUCUGGUAAGAUUUUGAAGGAUGACCAAACUGUUGAGUCCUACAACAUCAAGGAUGACCAUGCGAUACAUAUGGUGAAGUCUGGUGGUAACGCUUCUACUUCAAAUGCUCCUACUAAUGCUAACGAAUCCAGCAACUCUUCUACCACUGCGGUGCCAUCCAACAUUGCCUCCGGACAAACUGGCGGUUUCAACCCAUUGGCUGACCUUACCGGAGCUCGUUACGCAGGCUACGCCAAUUUGCCCUCUGCCGAUAUGUUUGGCCCCGAUGGUGGCAUUAAUAACGCCCCAGAUCAGGACGAAAUGCUAAGGAUGAUGGAAAACCCUAUCUUCCAGUCGCAAAUGAACGAAAUGUUGAGCAACCCAGAGAUGCUAGACUUCAUGAUACAAUCCAAUCCACAACUACAAGCAAUGGGCCCACAGGCUAGACAAAUGCUACAGAGUCCGUUCUUCAGACAAAUGCUGACAAACCCUGCCAUGAUUAGACAAAGUAUGCAAUUCGCAAGAAUGAUGAACGGUCAAGGUGGUAUGCCUGGCGCAGAUGCAACAGAUGCUUCGGCUUUCCCAGCUCCAGGCGGAGACGAUACUGAAACUACUACAGGCUCUACAGAGAACACAAGUACAAACAACAGAACGAACAGUAACGCAAACGCUAACCCUAACGCUGCUGCCAACCCAUUUGCCGCACUAAUGGAUCCUGCAAGCAACCCAUUUGCUGCCAUGAUGGGCAACAUGAACAACCAGCAAGGUGGUGCUGGCGUACAGCAACCGGCUUUUGACCCUACCCUAUUAGCAUCAUUGCUAGGUGGACAACUACCUGCACCAGCACAAGAAGACAACAGACCUCCAGAAGAGCGUUACGAACAACAAUUAAGACAGCUGAAUGACAUGGGCUUCUUUGAUUUUGAUAGAAAUGUUGCAGCAUUGAGACGUAGUGGUGGCUCUGUUCAAGGAGCUCUUGAUGCCCUCCUGAAUGGUGAUGUGUAA